CAUAGUCAUUUACAAUUUCGUGACAAAUAUAACAAAUGUGUUGUUUCUCGAGUCUGUGAGUGCGUGCGAAAAUAACUAGUGUUCAUAAUUAAUUACUAACGAUAGUCGUCACAUCGUAUCAAAGAGGUACCGGCAACAACAGCAGCAGCGGCAACAUGAGCGGAGGUGGCAUGGAUAAAAGAAAACUGUCCACAUCGGGCGAUUCGCUGUAUGAGAUAUUGGGACUUCCAAAAACAGCAACAGCUGAUGAUAUCAAGAAGACUUAUAGAAAACUUGCACUUAAGUACCAUCCAGAUAAAAACCCUGACAACGUUGAUGCUGCCGAUAAGUUCAAGGAGGUCAAUCGAGCACACUCGAUACUGAGCGAUCAAACUAAACGCAAUAUCUAUGAUAACUAUGGCUCACUGGGUCUCUACAUUGCCGAGCAGUUCGGUGAGGAGAAUGUGAAUGCAUACUUUGUGGUCACAUCGCCAGCGGUGAAGGCCUUGGUUAUUUGCUGCACUGUGUUGACGGGCUGCUGCUGUUGUUGUUGCUGCUGCUGUUGCUGCAACUUCUGUUGCGGCAAGUUCAAGCCACCAGUGAACGAGUCGCACGAUCAGUAUGCACAUUUAAAUCGCUCCGAUGGCAAUCGAGAGGCCAGCGAUCUGCCACCGCAUCUGGGACAGCAGCCACGUCUUGAGGACGUAGAUCUCGACGAUGUGAAUCUGAGUGCAGGAGGAGCACCUGUUACCACUCAACCACGAGAGCAAGCUGGCGGACAGCCCGUAUUUGCUAUGCCACCACCCAGUGGUGCUGCCGUUGGCGUCAAUCCAUUCACCGGAGCUCCAGUGGCAGCCAACGAGAACACGUCGCUGAACACAACAGAACAGACCACAUACACACCAGAUAUGGUUAAGCAAAAAUAUUAAGUUCAUGCUUCAAGCGAGACAAAUCCAAUUGUUGAGAGCGUUUUGAACAGCCACACACAUUUUAUAUAUUUAAAUUAAUUGAUCUUUUUGUUAAUAAUUUGGUAUGUUAUACAGAUGGAAAAUAUAUACAUACAUACUUAUAUUUAUCAUAAGCUUUAGAACAUAAUUCUAAUUUAAAUUAUGAUGCUGAUUGUAAAGCGGCAGCUGACAAGUUUUAAUCGAUCCGAUACAAACUAUUUAACACACAAUGUUGUUGCAAUUGAAAGAGCGAUCAAAGUAAUACAAGUACAUAAUUUUCGAAAUCCAAAAACUCACUUAACGCCAUCUGAAUGCAAACUGAUUUGAAAACAAUUCGAAUUAUACUUAAUAUUAACACAGGUGCAUUACUUGUGCUAACAGAUACACACAAAUACAUUCAUUCAUUACAUGUAAUCAAUAUUCAUAACACACUUCUGUAGUUAUAAAAUCUGCAAAUACAUAUUAUCUAAUCAAUUACGAUACUUGAUACUUAGCCAAACUGUUAUUGGCAUAUACAUACAGUAAAAAAGUAUCAACAAAAUAUUUGUAUGUAUGUAUCUACAAUUAUAUUUCAACCUAAGUGAGUUUGAGAAAAAAAUUAAAUUAAUUAAAUACUUAUAAUCAUAUAUUUAUAGUAUUCCUAUAAAACGAAUCGUAACUAUAAAUCCUUCGUACUAUUGCUGGCUUUUUAAUUGGAUUGCAUCGGAUUGUGAACUGUUAACUGCAAGAUUAAUUUUAAUACUUAUUAUGUAUGUCACAUUUAUAACAUACAAACUUAACCUUAGUUUGCAUUUGUAAGUGUGUGUGUGUCUGUGUGUGCGUGUUGCCCAUAGCUAAGAAAAUUGUAAUUGUUUAUUGUUAAAACUGAUCAAAAUUUCGUGUGGCAUACGAAACCUGUGACCAUUUAAUAUCUAUCUAAUUUUCAAAAUAGGUUUAUAACGAAAUUGUUAAAAUAUGUAUGUAAAGAAUCCAAUAAACUGUUUCUCUUGUUAAACGGUGGGUCACUGAUUUGACAAAAUCAAAGCAAAAGUGGCCCACUGUUAUUAACUGAAAAUGUAAAUACAUAAGUCAAGUUAAACAGUCUAGAAUUGCACCCAAAAAUGAAGUUAAAGAAAUGAAAAUUAAAAUUCUCUUGCGAUUCAUCAAGUCGUUUUAUGGAAGGAUAUCAUUGUAAUACAAAUAUAUGUAUAAUCCCGGA